AAACUCCUUCUUUGAUAGAAUUCGGGUAUAAAAGACUGGUCGAACAGACAGUCAGCACCGCACUGCAGCUUAGAACAGCAAUGAGGUUCUUAAUUAUCUUGUCGGCUCUGGUAGCCUUAGGGGUCUACGGCAGCGUCAGCCAACAACAAGCUGCUAACCAGGAUCUCCUUAACAAACAGCAAGAUGUUAUCCAACUUCUGCAGCAGAUCUCACAGCCAAUCCCGAACCAGGAACUUCAAAAUCUUGGUGAAACCUAUGACAUUGAGAGCAACUCGCAUCAGUACAACAACCCGAUCAUAGUCAAGUAUUACGUGAGUGCUGUGAAAGCUGGUUUGGUUCAACCACAGGGCACAAUCCACAGCCAUGUAGUCAGCCAGCUUCGCAAAGAAGUUUCACUGCUCUACAGGAUUUUGUUGGGUGCUAAGGACUAUCUGACUUUCCUCAAGACUGCUGCGUGGGCUCGUCUUCACGUUAACGAAAUACAAUUUGUCAAGGCUUUGAUAGGUGCGGUGUUGACUCGCCCAGACACUAGAGGAGUCAUCCUUCCACCAAUUUAUGAAAUCUUGCCCCAGUACCAUUUGGAUGCUAGAGUCAUCCAAGAAGCCCAGAAUAUUGCCAUUCAAAGACUCCAGCAAGGAAACAAUCAGAACAUUGUCAUUCCUGUUAACCACUCCGCGCUCUUAUCUCAAGAAGAACAACGAGUCUCUUACUUUACUCAGGAUGUUGGUCUUGCUGCAUUCUAUGGCUAUGUCAGCCUCGUUGGAGGCAUCUUGUCAGAACAUCAACAACAGCAACAGCAACAACAGCCUCUAAAUCAGCAGCAGUAUCAACAACAGAUUGUAGGAAGAUAUUUGCAACAAGGAGUACAAAACGACCAACAAAGCGCCAAUGGUCUCGGAGCUCAAUAUCUGUUCCUUCACCAGCAACUCUUGGCUCUCUACGAGCUUAACCGUCUUUCGAACGGACUUGGCCCAGUCCCCGAAAUUAACUUAGAAAAUGUAAAUGCUCUCUACCAGCCACAUCUUCGUGGUCUCAAUGGACUUCAAUUGCCUGGCCGUCCAGAGAUCCUUCAACUCCAACCUCACAAAAAGGAGCUCAUCCAACAUGUUACGUCUCUGUUACAAAGACUGAAGGAUGCUAUUGACUCUGGCAACGUGAUCACCCCACAAGGCAAUUUCCUUUCUCUGUACCAACCACAUGGUAGGAAUAUUCUUGGUGACUUGAUCCAAGGAUCUGGCAGAAGCAUCAAUCCAAGGUACUACGGAAGCCUCGAAGUUGCUGCUCGCAAACUCCUUGGAAAUGCUCCCGAGGUUCAGAACAUUUGGGAUUACACACCAUCGGUUCUUGAAAUUAAGCAAAGCAGUGUUUAUGACCCAGCCUUCUACCAAUUGUUCAAAAAAGUCAUAAACCUUUACCAACGAUACCAACAGUCUUUGCCUGUCUACCAACAGAGCGACCUUAUUCUUCCUGGUGUUACUAUUCAGAAAGUUGAUGUUAGCCAAUUGGUCACUCUCUUCAACGACUACCACAUCGAGCUUGAUUCCAUUGUUCGUCAACAACAACAGCAGCACCAACAACAGCAGCAGCAACAGCAGCAGCAGCAGCAGCAGCAGCAACAUCAGCAACAGCAACAGCAACAGCAACAACAACAGGGACAAAUUAGGGCUUACCUCAAGAGAUUGGAUCAUCAACCGUACCAAUACAGAAUCGUUGUUCAGAGCGAACAAAAUGUACCAAGAGCAGUUGUCCGUAUUUUCCUUGGACCCAAACACGAUCACCAUGGCAGACCCAUUAGUAUUUCUCAAAACCAACAUCUGUUUGUUCAACUUGAUCAGUUCAUCCAGAAUCUCCAAGCUGGCCAAAACGUUAUUAUUAGGAACUCCCAGCAAGCUUCUGGACAGAGCGCUGACUUACCAUCCACUUCUCAAAUUGUACAAGGCGUCAAUGCUGCUAUCCGAUCUCAGCAUCCAUUCUUCAUUACUCAGCCACACCAUAUCUACAGCUUCCCUGCUAGAUUGUCUCUUCCCAGAGGUCUGCCACAGGGUCUUCCGCUUCAGCUCCUCGUUGUGAUUUCUUCUUCAAACCCACUUAACAUGCCACACGGACCAGUAGUCCCUGAACAAGAGCUGACUUAUCAAGCCCAUCAGUUCCAAAUUGUAAACACUGAACAAUACCAACAAUUGAACCAACAAGGACAAGUUUCGCAACUGGGCGGCGGGUUACAACAAAACGUUGAGGUCCUUCCUGAAGGUUCACUCAAUGCUCAACAACAAAUUGAAGCCAUCAGGCUCCAGAAUGCUCAUAUUCAUACCAAAUACCACGGACACUCCAACAUGCAACUCCAGAAUCCUAUUGGCCAAGGACAAAACAUGGGGAUCCAAGGAAUUGGAGUUGUUAAUGCUGGAGGUUCUUCUUCUGGUAUCCAGUCCUGGGGAUCAGGAUUGUCUGGUAUCUCAGUUCAGAACCAACAACAAAUGCAACAACAAGCUCAACAAGUCCAACAACAGAUACAGGCAGCAGUUCAACAAGGACAAAAGAACCUGAGUGGUCAAAUCUGGAACGCACAACAGCAACAUUCGCAUGGACAACAUGUUAACUGGUCUCCAUCCAACAGUGCUCAAUCUGUUAGCCAGUCUUCUCAACAAGGUUUGUCUGGUCUGACUGGUGCACAAGGUUUGUCUGGUCUGAUUGGUGCACAAGGUGUCCAAGGUGUACAAGGUGUUCAGCAAGGUGUCAAAGGUGUACAAGGUGUUCAGCAAGGUAUCCAAGGUGUACAAGGUGUCCAAGGUGUACAAGGUGUACAAGGUGUUCAGCAAGGUGUCCAAGGUGUACAAGGUGUUCAGCAAGGUGUCCAAGGUGUACAAGGUGUACAAGGUGCUCAGCAAGGUGUCCAAGGUGUCCAAGGUGUACAAGGUGUUCAGCAAGGACUCCAGGGUAUACAACAAGGAGGAAUCCAAGGAUUAGGACAAGGUAUUCUGCAAGGAGGAUUAUUACAGUCACACCAACAAGGUGUACAAGGAGUUCAAAGCCAAGGUGGAGUGUCAGGAAGUAACAUCGUUGCCAGCGGACAACAACACGCUGGUGGCUUCCAAGGAGUUUACGCAGAGUCGCACACUCUUCAGGACCCGUCUGUCAUCGAGUACUACCAGAACAGACCAAUCUCUGAAAUCAUCGGUGGUGCCAUCUCCCUCGAUGGUAAACCUCUCGGCUUCCCUCUGGAAAGACCAUUAUCUUCUGGUGCUCUCAGCGUUCCCAACAUUUUCGUGAAAGACGUCCUCGUCUUCCACCAUGGUCAACCCACAAACGACAUCACCCAGCCAUAAAAGUUCCUAAGGCGAAGCGCGCCGUGUUAGAAGUCGUAUGAGAAUGAUUUAUACGAUUUAUCAAGGAUGUUGUUAAUGUUAAUAAUUGAAGAAAA